AUGCAGGAUCAUGGGACUGAAGGGGAAGGGAGCUAUGUCCAAGGCAAUUUUUCUGUUUGUGGUGGUGAGGAUUCAGAUGCAUUGUUGUUUACUGAAGAUGCAAUCGAAGAUGAUUCAGAUGAUGGAGAUGUUUCAUCACAGCCACUGCCACCCUAUGUUGGCAUGGUAUUUGACACACUUGAGGAUGCUCAGAAAUUCUACAAUGACUAUGCCUUCAAGUUGGGGUUCGGGACACAUAUAUCUUCCUCAAAAUUCAGCCAGAAGAGAGGCCAGAAGAAAGAGGAUCAAAUAUUGAUCAAGAGGGUCUUUGGGUGUGUGCAUGCUAGAAAGCCCGAUAAAACGGAAACGAGUAGCACAUCGAAGAGCAUUGCAACAGGAAAAAGCAACUCCAGUAGGCAGCCUAGUGAAGGAAUGGAUGUGACAAGAAAACGUCAAAAGAACAGGCUGCCGGAGCGUGUUAGGUACUACCGGUUGCACCGCAGUAUACCUGCCGAGGAUUACCAGCUCUUGUUGACGUUGCAUGAUGUGAACCUAUCAAAUUCAGAUUGCAUGGGUGUCCUCGGCAGGGUCCAUGGAGGUGACACCAGGAUACUCCCAUAUGUGAAGAGAGAUGUUUCGAAUGAACGUGCAAAGCUCCGAAGAGGGCUAACAUUCCGAGACAUGGAUAUGACAGUCGAGUACUUUGAGAGGAGGAAAGCUGAGAAUCCAGAGUUUUUCUAUGCAAAACAAAAGGAUCCUGCAACAAACUCCGUGACUGCCUUGUUUUGGGUUGAUGGGAGAACAAGGGCGCUCUACCCGAAAUAUAAAGAUUGUGUGUUCUUCGAUACAACCUUCUGCACCAAUAGAUACAAUAUGCCAUUUGCUCCUAUAGUUCGGGUCAACAACCAUCUCCAGACCAUUGCACUCGGGUGUGCCUUGUUGCCGGAUGAAAGUAUUGAAACAUUUAAGUGGGUCUUCCAACAGUGGAUGGUUGCAAUGGAUAACGAGCAUCCCACAAACAUCAUGACCGACCAGGACAAAGCGAUGGCAACAGCUAUUGAGGAUGUGUUGCCAAACACCUGCCAUAGGUGUUGCAAGUUUCAUGUGUUUAGCAAUGCACGUACCAAGUUGGGGAGGCUGUUGAGAAGAGAUGAAGCGUUUGCAGAUGUGUUCUACACUUGUAUCAAUCAAUCAGAAACCAUUAAGGAGUUUGAGGAAACAUGGCAACACAUGUUGCAUUGUUUUGAAGUGGCUGAGAACAAACACCUGAAGAACAUGUGGCGAACAAGGCACAUGUGGGCUCCAGCAUACUUCAAGAACAAAUUCUUUCCGUUCACAAGCACAACGGGCAGGUCUGAGGGGCUUAACUCAUAUUUCAAGACACUGAUUCGUCCGGCUGAUUCCGUUUGGAGGUUUGUCCAGCAAUACGAAAUGUGCCAAGAAACUAUGCUUGAUCGUGAAGACAAUGCUGGAUUCACUGGUGAAACAACAGCUCCGCCACUAUACUCUCGGUACAACAUUGAGCGCCAAGCUGCUGUUUACUACACCCGUAGCGUCUUUGGCAAGUUCCAGAAGCAGGUGAUCGCGUCUACCGGCUUCGUUAUCAACCAAGACGCUGAGUAUCGAGGGCAAGGCCUGCUGUUUGAGCUAAAGGCAAGCUCCUAUGAGAACCCAAAACUCUAUUCUGUGCAUGUUAUGAUGGAUGAAGGGUUGUUUGAAUGUAGUUGCCACUACUUUGAGAUGAAUGGCCUGAUUUGCGCACAUAUAAUAAGGGCAAUGGUGCAUCUGAAUGUUCAAGAAAUUCCGCAACAAUACUUAUUGGAGAGGUGGUCUGAAGCAGCCACAACAAGCAUGGGCAGGACUGGCCGAUUGCUGGACUUCGGGCACCCCUCAACGAACACAUUGAAAUACAACUCCUUGUGUCAAAGGUUGACAUGGCUCGCCUCUAAUGCAUGUCGCAACGAUGAUGCCUACAAGAUAUUAUAUGAAGCAAUAACAGUUCUUGAGCCUGCCAUAGCAGCGAAGAGAAAGAAAACACUGGUAGAGCAGCGAGACGAUGAGCAAAAAAAGAAGGCGAAGCAACAAGAGAAGAAGCCGACGGCAACACUGAAGCCGCAGCGUGUGCUCGCUAGAUUGGGAGAGACGACGAGGUCUGGAUCUGAGAGGGCGGCGGCGCGGCCGAGGCUAACCUACCGCCGUGAUGAUGACUUCGUCUUCGGGAGCGGCGGCGGCCGCCGACAACCCAAGCAGCGACUACCUUCCCCACGUGCUCGCUACCUUCCCCACGUGCUCGCCCUGCUCCGCCGCCUCCCGUCCCUGCCCUCCCCGCGGCUCCUCCUCCUACUACUCCUCUCCGUCCUCCGCCUCCGUCGCCCGCCCCACCUCUUCCUGUCCACCUUCAACACAGUCUUCGUCGCCGGCCACAGCCCCCUAUCGCUCCACCUGCAGCUGCUCCUCCGCCUCCUCUUCGCCCUCUCCUCCACCGCCGCCUACUUCCUGUCCGCGCUCAACCUCCUCCGGCUCGUCUCCUCCCGCCUCCCCCUGCCGGCGUCGCUCGUCCUCGCCGUGUUUCUGCAACUGGACCAUUUUGUGUUUCCUGUAGCUUCCAUGGCCAUCUACCAAACCCGAUGGUCAGCAAAGCGGCUGCGCGAGAUAAGUAAUUCCAUCCAAGGGAAGAAGAGAGAUGUACUAAGCAAGUCUAGCUUUGGGGAUUUGUUGCACAUAUCUCCUGUGCCUCUUCCGCCAGAAGGGCUUCUGGAUUUCUUAGUUAUGAGUAUCGACCCCAAGGAGCGUCUACUCAAGAUAAAUGAUCACAAGGAAAUACACCUCACAAAGGACAUGGUUAAGAAGAUUUUCAAUGUCCCUUCUGGUAGCAGGCCGCUAGGAUUCGGCAAGAGGGGCAAAUCAGAUUUCCGAAAUGUGUAUUUGGAUGGUGAUAGGGCUCCAAUAGCCACCACAGCAGCUGUUCUAUCAAAAGCGGAUGAUGACGAUGAGGAUGCCAUUAGUAGGUCAUGGGUUUUACUCUGCUUAUCAUUGGUCCUAGCUCCCGGGACAGGAAACAUGGAAGUUAAAAAGUACCAGGAUAAGAGGUCUGAAGGUAAAGUGAAAUUCUUGAUUGGUGGCUGUCUACCAAUGCUUCCGGUAAUUUACAUGGACCACCUAGACAUUCCAAGAGGAUGCAUAGUUAAUCAUACCAUCGACUACUCACUGCCGCGAGCUUGUUUUGUUCAUGAAAUGGACUCCACCGCUGUUGUUGCAGUCGACACACUAGAUGAUGGAUUUGGGAAGCGCCCUCUGCCCCCACAUCUUCGUGACAUAUACAACAAGCACAAAGAGCUACAUGCUACAGAACUUAAUGUCGCGUUGAGCUCAUUUGGGAGGGCGUUGCAGGUCAUGUAUUGCAAACGCAUGGGUCUAAUGUUGUCUGAGGCAGUCAAAGCUGGAUCCAGGACAGAUGAGGCCAAAGAUGAAGUGGAAGAUGUCACUUUCAGUGUAUCAGGAGCUCCCACAGCAGGCAUGUGCGAUGCCACUGAAUUGUUUCCGCAGCAGCCUAAGAAACCAGAUGGCGUGCAUGGGACUACAACAACCGCUACAACCACUGCCACCAAAUCUUCUCUGUAG